CUGGGGUGUAACCCAUCCCAUCCGGCUAGUUGCAGUGCCCUCCAUGCUGCCCAUCGACGCCAAUAUCAGAUUCACUGACAGCAAAGCACCCACGCCCAACGCCUUAUCUUCGUAGCAUGACGGAGCGCAGAGCCUCCACAGAAGGCUUCCCCGGCCUCAAUCGCUCUCAAAUUUCAGCCCUACAGGCCCCUCGCACCCUCCCCAGCGGUCUUUCCACUAGCACUGCGUCGAACUCUACCACUCCUGUACCCCGGAGACGUUCGUUGAAGAGCAAUUUCCGCCCAGAGGAACCCGCACACCCAGCAUCUCUAAUUGGGCCUGAUGUAGAUAACGCUGAGCCCCACAAGAACAAGCAAGGACGAUACACCCCUCGCAAGACCUCCAGAGAGGCCUCUCCGCGCAAAUCGACGUCCCCGAGACCAUCUACAUCCGAGUCGGAGUCGCGGGAAAAGGAUAUUGCUGGAUAUCUCCCGAAGCUCAGCCGGAUACUGGAAGGGAAAGAGAACGUCCAACAGCGACGUCAGAAGAGUUCCUCGGCUGGCAUCAAGGAUACAGCAAUACCACGUCGUAGUAGAGCUGUCGAAGAUGAUAGUGUAGUGGCUCGUCGUGCCGCCCGGCAGAAGCAAAGCAUACUCCAGCGCCGCGCUGAUACAAUUUCCAAUCUCGCCAACCCCUCCAUGCUCUCGCUUGUGUCAGAUCUCACAAACACUUCUAAUACGUCAAGUGGGAGCAACUCAACCGUGACUCAAAAGUCCUACGACAGAUCUAGCAUAUCGAAACGCAGACUGUCCAAGGAACGUCGACGCAUUGAAACGAAGACCGCCUCAGCCACCCCUAACACUAUGGACGCGUCUUCAGGAGAGCCCAGCGUGUUUAAAUACAUGCAAGCGAAUGUGACUUCGGCACAACCCCAAGCCAGCGAUGACCGGCCUACGUCGUCAUCCUCGUCGUCUUCAGCGUCAACUGUGUUGUCAGAUAACGACGAUGACGGCGUAGACUCUUCGAAUGCUGAUGAGCCUGAGAUCGAGUCACCAAUGACGUCCCCACCCAUGUCGUCUAGAAAAUUAGUGCACGACGAAGGUGUCCAUCGAGAGCGAUUCAGGAGUGAUUCUGGCAUCUCAGUGCGGGACAGUAGUCCAGAUUCAGCUGAGCAUGCUCAUAAUACUCACCAGCCGUCCGUGCACGACCUAGAAGAGGAGGAGGAAGAAGAUGAAGAGGAAGAAACCGAAGACGACGAAGAGAGCGACGGUGACGGCAGCGACGAAGAGGGCCACGAUGCAUCUCACACGACCGCGCUGCAGAGAGUCCCACCCCCUGUUGCCCCUGCGACAUCACCUUCAGAACGUCAUAGGGCGGGCUCCCAUGACCGCCAUCACCGACGACUGAAAGACCGGGAAGAGGAGCUACGGCAACACGUUCUGCAAAGCCCACAGCCCCAUUCUAACUUCCAAUUCUUUGGCGACCCCUCCCCACAUCCUCGACCAGCACUCCCACUAAUCGACCCUCAUGCCCAUUAUGACGCCGCCUCAGUUUCGAUGUAUCCACAAGCCCCUCAAGUGCCACCGUGGUCGUCGCCAGCCGCCCAGCCUUCAUCAGUUGCCUAUUAUCCACCCCCACAAGCCCCUUACCCACCCUCACAAGCCCACGUUGACAAUGCUUAUGCAAUGAGCCCAGGGGGUUCCAACAGCAUGCUUGUGCCGCCUCCGCCUUUCCAUUAUGGACAAGCGCCACACUAUCCAACCGGGCCGGAUCUCACCAAAACAACUCUGGUAGGGUAUGAGCUGCUGGCUGAUAAGCUAUCUGAACGCCCCAAAGAUGACGCGUCAGAAGCAACGAGAGUGACACCCAUGUAUCGCAAGUUCGAGAACCUCAAUCACCGCGUCCUUUUACAUGUGCAAGACGAGAUCUCGGAGCUCGAGGAAGAGCUGAGGUAUCUGGAUGAAUGCAUUGCGCAGAUGACGCCGCCAGGCGAAGAGGGGCACAUUAUGCCUGCAUCUCGGCGGGUAGAGGCACGAUACGGCGGAGAACUGCAUUACCGACGAACGGACUGCUUGGGCAGGAUUUACAUGAAACUGGGCCAAUACAAUCAGGCGCUUUCCUCAUACAGCACAAUGAUGAAGGAACUAGACCCCGCAAGUGCGGAUGACAUCCAGGCGUACCAUUCGUGGAUGGAGCGUCACGCGCCUGUCGACAAGGCCGAGUCGCGCUUUUUGGAGCACAGGAACGAUCUCCUGGCGAUAGCCCGCCGCAGGCGAUCGUCUGCGGGCGUCGUUGGUGGCGCGGGCCCAGUGGAGUCCGCAGCGCUGGGCCUCCCGUUGAUGCUGGUACUCCUGAUACUCCCCCUCAUGGCGUUUGCGGUGAUUCCGGGCUUGCUGGGCAGGCUGUUCAUCAUUGUGCUUAUCGGGCUGGGCCAGGCGGCGGUUGUCACACAGACGGACCUCGUGGGUAUUAUGGCGAUUCGCGAGUGGGCGAAGUGUGGUUCAAUGUGAGUGCUCAGAUUUUCCUGUUUAUUGGACCGGGGACUGGCCGGGAGGAGGAUGGAGAGCAUGUGUGCCUCUCGCUCGCCACCGUGGAGUGUGGCGAAAGCAGAGAAACAUUCACUACA